UGCAAGGAAAAAAACAACUAAAUUUCAGCAAAAUUCUUGCCAGUGGAUUAAAGUAAUAAAAUUUAGUGAGGAUGUCCUCACUAUUUGUCAGCGUAUUGCGUCAGGCAAUUAAAACUUUCGAUCGAGCUAACAGUGCGGCAUUUAAUGUGAACUUCGCAAAGCUAAAGCAAUUAACUGAACAGCUGACCUUCCGUGAUAUCCACUUACAGCCACAACAAUUCGAGACUGUAUUCAAGAGAUCUGGAAGAGCGCCUUGUACAUUUGUGCAUAUUUUUGAAAAUGAUUUUUUGUCUAUGAGUGUAUUUGUGCUGCGGGAAGGUUACACAAUGCCACUUCAUGAUCAUCCAUGUAUGUAUGGUGUACUACGCGGCAUUUUUGGAAAGCUAAGAAUCCAAAGCUAUACUAAAGCGCAAUUGGAACCAAAUGAACCACCAUAUGAUGGUAUAGCUCUAGAAGUAUAUGCACAUGAAAAUGAACCCAAGAUAGUUGAUUCGGGGACAGAGUGUGCGACCCUAACCCCUAUCGAGCGCAAUUAUCAUGAAAUAACUGCGGUUGGUGGUGUAGCGGCUUUCUUUGAUAUACUUAGCCCUCCUUAUGAUGCAGAUAUCCCUAAGUACGGUAGUCGACAGUGUAGUUUUUACCGAGUCUUGGGUAAACAACCAUCAACGGGGAUUAAUAUCAACUCAGGAUUAGUGGAAGAACAGGCAGAAAAUGCGCCACUAACCUACCUACAAUGGAUACCGGCACCACUAAAUUACCAUUGUGAUAUCCUUGAUACCCCUGAAGAGGUGCUCCAAAGUACAGCACCCUUUUUAGAAGACGAGAACAAUUUGUUUUAAUAAUUUUAUAGACGGAAAUUAAUGCCAAAUUUUAAUUUAAUAUAGAAAUACAUGUAUGUUUGUAUGUUAAGUAAUUGAUUAACGGCUCUUUUUUUAGAGUUGAGACUGUUUGAAUUUGCAUCACAUGUGAAAAUGAUGUUUUAAUUGUUACUGCUGAGAUAUAAAGUGAGAAUGAUAAUAAAUAAAUUAUAUUAAU